AUGAAACUUGGUCGUGGUCCUAAGAAGCAUAUGAAGCGUCUCGCUGCUCCCAAGCACUGGAUGCUUGACAAACUUUUGGGUUCUUAUGCCCCUAAGCCUAGCUCCGGUCCUCAUAAGACUCGUGAAUGUCUUCCCUUGAUUGUUUUCAUUCGUAACAGAUUGAAGUAUGCUCUCAACGGUCGUGAAGUUCAAUCUAUCUUGAUGCAACGUUUGGUUAAGGUUGAUGGUAAGGUUCGUACCGAUUCUACCUUCCCUGCUGGUUUCAUGGACGUUAUUUCUAUUGAAAAGACUGGUGAGAACUUCCGUCUCGUCUAUGACAUUAAAGGUCGCUUUGCUGUUCACCGUAUCACGGAUGAGGAGGCCAAAUACAAGUUGUGUAAGGUCAAGAAGGUCCUCGUUGGUUCCAAGGGUAUUCCAUACAUCACCACUCAUGAUGGUCGCACUAUUCGUUACCCCGAUCCUUUGAUCAAGGCCAAUGAUACUAUUCGUUUCAACCUUGAGGAAAACAAGGUCGCUGAUUUCGUCAAGUUCGAGGUUGGUAAUGUUGUCAUGAUCACUGGUGGUCGUAAUAUUGGUCGUGUUGGUCAACUUGUUCAUCGUGAACGUCAUAUUGGUGGUUUUGAAAUUGUCCAUGUCAAGGAUGCUCUUGACCGUGUCUUUGCUACUCGUAUCUCCAACGUUUUCACUAUCGGUCAAGGUUCCAAGACUUGGAUUUCUCUCCCCAAGGGUAAGGGUGUCAAGCUCUCCAUCACUGAAGAACGUGAUCGUCGUAGAGCCGCUGCCGCUGCUGCCAACUAAUUUAUUUCUUUAUGAAAUAAACAGUUUUUACCAUUAUAUUCCCUGUACAUAUUAUUAAAGUUUUUUAUUCAUCAUCUUA